CGCCCGCCUGAUCCUGCGAGUGACGUUCGGUGGCCCUGAGCUGGUGGCGUAGCCGUCCGCCCUCCUUCGUCUCGUCCGCUUGCUUGGAGGCGUCCUGCUUCGGCGCUGGCCCUGCGGCCAUUUUGAGCUUCGCUUCCACCAGCCAGCCGGCCCAGCCCUUCCGGGGUCGCUUAGCUGAGGGGCUUUUCCACGGUCAGUCUCUCCUGGCAAGUCGCCGCCGCCGCCGCCGCCGCCGCGGAAGGGCUUCUAUCUAUGGUGGAGAGGGCUGGAGAGGACUAGGACACCUCCUUUCUGCCAGGAUGGAUGUCGCCUCGGCCGCCGCGUCCUGUGCCCGCCGUUCCGGACUGUGGUCUGCCGCCCGCGGCCGAAGCCGCUCUCCUCUGUGGCUCUUCUGUUGGCCCGGGGAUCGGCCUGGGGCAUCAACUCCGCCUCUGGGCAAGGCUGAGACUCUGUAGGCCUUUUGGAGUCCCUCCCGGCCGCCCGCCGCUGAGCUCCGCUUUCCUCCCUCAGAGACUUGCCGAGAACGCGGAGAUGGAGCCGGCAGCAGACGCAUCGCGGGAACGGGCCGCCCCGCGGGCGGACUCCCGGUUCCGGCUGCCCUUCUUCUUCCCUCGGCGCUCGCGACCAGGCACUUCCAAGUUCCCCGCACCUCCUGCCCCGGAACACUCCGGGGAUCUCAAACUGGCUUCUUGUCCCCCGCCUGAGGCUCGGCGCAGCUCGUGGAUGCAGCUGCUUUCCCAGCUCUUUGCGCCGCUCCCCGGCUUGCUUCAGAAGCUGCUGAUCUGGAGCCAGCUUUUCGGUGGGAUGAUUCCGACCAGAUGGCUAGAUUUUGCUGGAGGCUACAGCGUGCUGAGAGCCCUGAGGGCCCGGGAGGAACCCGACGACCCCACAGCGCCGAAAUCUCUGAGUUCGCUGCGGCUAGAGCCCUCGGCUGACGCGGCCGCCGUUCCCCUCGAUUGGCUAGAGGAGGGCAUCCACUGGCAGUGCUCGUCCUCAGAUCUAAAAUUGGAACUUAAAGCCAAGGGAGGAACUUUGGACUCCGCAGCCCACGCUUUUCUCCUAGAGCAGCAGCUGUGGGGAGUGGAGCUCCAAGCCAAUCUGUUCUCCGGGCGGGAACUUGGCCCUUCGCCCUCCGGGCCUCUCAACGUUCAGCGCUUAAGCAGUGCCAACGUCGUCUCCUAUUUGCUGAACCCCUCCUAUCUGGACUGCCUGCCCCGGGUAGAGCUGAGCUAUCAGAGCAGCGUUAGAAGUGGCGAGCUGGUCGAUUUCCAGGCGCUGAGCCCAGAAAGCGGCUGCCUGGAUGAGGUCCCAUCUCAUCCCCAGCCGCUCAACGCGGAGAUGGCUUGCGUCUCGUUGCAGGGAUGUGCGCCUCUCUCUAGAGAAGGGCUGCCCGAAAUCCACCAUCUUCGCAUGAAGCGGCUGGAAUUCCUUCAGCAGGCCAGCAAGGGCCAAGCGUUACCCACCCCUGACCAAGAUCAUGGCUACCACAGCCUGGAGGAAGAGCACAGCCUGCUCCGGAUGGAUCUGAAGCACCGCAGAGAUAGUGCAACACAGUGUGUUCCCGCUGCUGGAGCCGUUCCCGGCACCGCUCAGGAACCCACUGAGGAGAAGGUAGAAUUGUUGACUAAAGAGGUUCCCCUUGCUUUGGAGAGACAGGGCACCUCGGAAGGCUGUCUAUCUUGUGAGGUUCCUACGGAGCAGGAGCCUGGAGAGGACCAAAUAAGUGUAAUUGACUCCUCAGACAUAGACGAUGACCUUCCCAUUUCUGCCAGACCAGCCUGUAGCAACAAAUUGAUAGAUUACAUUUUGGGAGGUGCAGCCAGUGACCUGGAAACAAGUUCUGAUUCAGAAGGUGAGGAUUGGGAUGACGACGCUGAGGAUGAUGGUUUUGAUAGCGAUAGCUCACUCUCAGAAUCAGACCUUGAACAAGACUCAGAAGGGCUCCACCUUUGGAACUCUUUCUAUAGUGUCGAUCCUUAUAACCCCCAAAACUUCACAGCAACAAUUCAGACUGCUGCGAAAAUUCUUCCCAGAGACCCUUCUGACUCAGAGACGGAUUUGUCUGAGAAGUCUAAUCUAGAAAAUCCUCCCUGGACUGCAAGCCUUCCUGAGUCUCCUGACCAUAAUUCUGGGGAAGAAGAUGACUGGGAAUCUAGUGCAGAUGAAGCAGAGAGUCUCAAACUGUGGAAUUCUUUCUGUAAUUCCGAUGACCCCUACAACCUUCUAAAUUUUAAGGCUCCUUUUCAAACAUCAGGGAAAAAUUGGAAAGGCUGUCGAGCCUCAGAGAGGCCGUCUGAGUCUAUUGUGGCCAUUUCUGAGUGUCACAGCUUACUUUCCUGUAAGGUACAACUGUCAGGGAGCCGAAAAAGUGAAUGUCCAGACUUGGUACAGGGUGGGGUUCUUUCUGGAGCAAGACACACACAUAUCCAGAGAAAAAAGGUAACCUUCCUUGAAGAAGUUACUGAGUAUUAUAUAAGUGGUGAUGAGGAUCGAAAAGGACCAUGGGAAGAAUUUGCACGGGAUGGAUGCAGAUUCCAGAAACGAAUUCAAGAAACAGAAGACGCUAUUGGAUACUGCUUGACAUUUGAGCACAGAGAAAAAAUGUUUAAUAGACUCCAGGAAAUGUGCUUCAAAGGACUUAAUGUUUUCGAGCAAUGUUAAGAUGAUGUGACAGCCUCUGGCCUUAGCAAACACUACCUCUUACUUGAGAGGUUUCUUUUAAAAACAAAAAUUGGCAGCUGUCCUUUGACUUUUUUCUUAGAGGAUAUGCAGCUUGGAUCCAGUGACCUAGUUUAAUAUAUAUUUUUUGCAACAUAUCCCACUCAGAAAUGUACAGGUUUGAAGCCAAGCCCUGAAAAUGAAGGAUGAGAUGGUGUGAUUUCUAAUCCUCCUUUUUUGUUCAGUUGGAGUUGUUUUUGAAUGUUGUUUGCUUGCUGAAGUGAAAAGGGGACCUCUUAAGGUGUAAUUUUGCACUUUGAAAACUUAUUUUCUUGGGAAACAAUAUUUAUAGGGUUUGAAGCCCAUUUUUCAUUCUAAUUUAAAUUACGUGUACCUGUCUAAAAACUUUGGGCUCUUUUUUCCCUCUGAACAUUCUGAAAUUAAUGGGCUGUUAUGUUUUCUCUAUAUUUUUUUAUUUCAGUAAUUUGGCCCUUCUACUUCAAGGCUAAGAAAAUAAUCUUGUAUAUACUACCAACUUAAAGUACAUUAUCUUGUGUCAUUGUGGGGUUUUUUCUUUCUUUCUAAAAAUGACUGGUUGAAAAUAUGUGGUGGGUUUUUAUUUCUAGAUUAAGCUCUACCUAGGAUAUUUCCAAGAACUGCCACAAAACCUAUAUGUGCAGUACUUUCUGUUACUUUGGGAAAGCUGCAUAUUUCUGCCAAAUUUUAACAUCUGAUAUACUUAAUUUCUGUGCAAACUCUUUUUUGAAGAAGGUUCUGUAUAUGUUAUUAUAGUUCCCACUUGGGUGGUUCUUUGUGUCUUCAGUAGGUAGAAAUUGUUGUAAAAGACUCCCGAAGUAAUAAUUGCAUCAUAGUUGCUUUUAAAUUUAAAAGCUUAGAAUUUUCCUAGGAAGAAGAUAGGAGACAUCUCAGAGCAAUUUGGUCUUGUUGUAUGUGCUCUCAAAAGAAAACCAGUGUUAUUAAUAUGCCUCAGCACCGUCACUUUUAAAACCUGUCGGGAUGGCACUGUGAACUUGGAAAUGGACAGUUCUUAACUUUCCAGUUUGAAAUGUAAAAUGUAGACUUCAGUCAAUAUCCAAGUUUAUUGUGUUCUCCUUUUUUAAUAGUGAGAGAAGUAAUGGCAAGGCCUAUAGUUUCAGGAAAGAACUAUAGAUUUAACAAACAGAAAGUCUUAAUAUCUUCAGCCCAAAGUUUACUUUUGUUUUUUUUUCCACUUGAAAAAAGCUGAUAUCUUUAAUAAACAAAAGUGAUAAUGUUCAUUUUCCAAAGCAGACUGUUUUUGCAGUGACUGAUUGCGUUUGGUUUAUUGAGCUAGUUCUACAUGGUGUGCAUUUGUUAGGUUGAGGGAAUGUUAACCAACUCCUUAAUGGUCUAUUUUUGUUUCAUGUGCCUCCUGUCACAGGUAAUGGAAAACAUGAAUAGAAUAGAUGACCUCUUAAUUUUGAACCUGUUUCAGAGUGGGGACAAAUUUUUCAUCAGAAGUGCUUGCAGGGUUACUACCUCAGUUUAUAAUCUACCUGGUCAUUAUUUUAUUUGUUUGGGUUGCUCUAAGAACUGCCUCUAGUGUUAAUAUGUAUAUAUAUAUUCAUACUUAAACACACUGAGAGUACAAGUAAAAGUCAGAUUUUUGCAGAGCCCUUCUUCAAUGUGGUUUGUGCCCCUGCAUUUUAGGUAAUCACAGGGAAUGCAUUUAUAGAGUCUGGUGUAACAACAUGGAAAUAAGCUUAAGUUUCAAACACCAGCUGUGUCAGUUGGAAAGAAGGUGUCACUUGCCUUGAAAAGAAAACUUUGAAAAUGUGUAGGCAUUCUUUUAAAACCAGACUGAAGUAUACUGUUUUCAGAGACUUAGGUUGUGUUUUGUGUUUCUGAAAUCUUGCACCUCUGCAUGUAUGAAAAUAAUGGGAUAUCUUUACAUUUACUGGAUUUUGGAGAAUUAUUCCCUUGAGAUUCCAGCCUCACUACCAAAUACGUAAAAGCUUGGUGAAGAGUUCUCCCAUUUACUACCCUCCUUUAAAAGAAGUGAUCAGGCGGUGAUAAGGACAAAAGGGACCAUUUUAAAGUUGGACAAGGGAAGAAACAGAAUUCUUACCAGUUUCAUUCUGAUUCUAGUUGUUAGAACAAAGUUAAACCUUCAGUCUUAAAAUCCUUGGAAGUUUUAACUGAACAUUUUACACACCUAAAAGUCUCGCGAUGGUGCUUUAAGUAUCAAUGUAGCAUAUGAAAGGCUUUGUACAGACAAGUAAAAUUUCCUUUUCUGAGUGUUCAAAUGUGAUAACACCAUCUCGUCAUCUUUAACUUGAAAUCAAAACUAUCAGAUUUUAUUUUUUUAUAAUUUAAGGAAGGUGAAGUUCGGGGACUAGAAGACAUCUAAAUUGGCUUCUACAGAUCCAAUGAUUUAAAUGUAACCAGUUUGUUGGGACUUUAUAGCUAAAAUUAUAUUUGUGUAUAUAACUGUUAGCUAAUCUGUAAAUUGUAAUAAAUAUAUUUGCAAUUUUUAAAUGUUA